AUGAAGGCUCAUCUGCUUGGACUACCGAAUGAGUUGCUUCUACAAGUCUUCGAGAUUGGAAGUUUCGCUGAUGCGGCAAGUCUCCACCAGGUCAACAAACAGCUACGCUGGGUCAUGGAAACCCACACGAACGCUAUCAUCAAGUCUCUGCCAGUCGAAGCCGUUGUUGUAGCUAAAGUCGAAUCGAGGCGCACCGAGCAGAAAGAAGCGUCGACACUUUUACCGUUACUCAUACGCAAUGCUAGUUUUUGCGCUCAUGCAUACCAACAUUCGCGCCGCAUUCUUCGUCAUGAAACACACACGCCCGACGCCGAGCCUAAUACAUACUACACACUGCGCUUUCUCACGCUUGGUUACGACAAGACAUAUGGACGACGAGAAACGAUACGUGUCCUUCUCGAGGAACACACAAUGCCUAAAAUUUUGACACUCCGCUUCUUUUCGCGAACCAUGUGUCACGACAGUAUGAAAUGGAUACAGCAGGAGGCGCUCAGGAAAACGAGCGGCUUCGAGAAUUCAAUUCCUGUUGAAGACAAAUGGCUCUAUGCGGAUCAACUGAUAGAAGCAACGAUCAAAAGUCGUGAACGUGGUGUUGAUUUUCUUUCGAGAGCUCUAGAGGGGUUCGUCGUCAAAUAUGCCUUUGGACCUUAUCCAUAG